CUUGGGUACUAUCCAGAUUCACAUCCGUUGUUGCACAAGUUUUGUUAAAUAAAAUAUCAUUUUAUUUUAUUUUAUAAAUUAAAUAAUAAUCAAUGAACAUGUACUUCAAAGUAUUUAUCCUUGUUAUUUUGUGCGCCGGCAUUGGAUUCGCUGAAGAAAAAUUGUACUCCGACAAGUACGAUUACAUUAAUGUCGACGCUAUCUUGAGGAACCCGAGACAACGGAAUGGCUAUUACGAUUGCUUCGCUGAGAUAGGCCCUUGUCAUACUGCCGACGCUAAGUUUUUCCAUGAUCAUUUCCCGGAAGCAAUUGUGACUAACUGCAAAAAAUGUACCAAAAAGCAACUAGAAAAUUUUGAUAAGAUCACAGAUUGGUACACAACACACGAAAUAGAAAAGUACAAUGCCCUCGUUGAAUUAGCGCUCAAAAAAUUCACCAAGAAGGACUAG